AUGGAGAGGGAUAAUUUGCUGGAACAGUUGGAUAAAGUUAAUUCAAAAAUUGAUAGGAUUAGAAGUGAAAUAAAUCAAUUGAGGAGAGAGGAAAAAAAUUUUUUAAAAAUUAAAGAAAAGCUUGAAAAUGAACUUAAAGUAAAAGAUAAUGAUGUUGAUGAUGAUUUAUCAUUUUGGGAAACUCCUGAUAAACCUUGGUUAAUAGAAGGAAGAAAAUUACUUAAUGAAGUAUUUCAACUUAGUGAUUUUCGCCCUUUACAAAUAUCUGCAAUAUCAGCUAUCUUAUCAAAAAAAGAUUGCCUUCUUAUUAUGGCAACAGGGGGUGGUAAAUCAUUGUGUUAUCAAUUACCAAGUUUAUUGUGUGAUGGUGUAACUCUUGUAAUUUCACCUUUAAUUUCAUUAAUCGAAGAUCAAAUACGUCAACUUAAAAAAUUAUCUAUUAAUGCAUGUUCAUUUAAUCAAAGUACUGAUAAGGCGGAAGUAAAACAAAUAAUGGAUGAUUUAAGUUCUUCUAAACCAAUAAUUAAAUUAUUAUAUGUAACACCAGAAAGAUUAGCUAAAAGUAAAAAAUUAAUGAAUAAAUUAGAUAUUUGUUCAAAAAAUGGUAAUUUAAAUUUUAUUGCUGUUGAUGAAGUUCAUUGUUGCUCAACGUGGGGACAUGAUUUUAGACCUGAUUACAAAUUUUUAAAUAUUCUUAAAAGACAAUUUGGAGUACCAAUUAUUGGAUUAACAGCAACAGCUACAAGUAAAGUUGUUGAUGAUAUAAAAGAUAUGCUUGAAAUUCCCAGAGCCAUUGUAUUUAAAGCUGGAUUUAAUAGAGAAAAUCUUGUAUACGAAGUUAGAGAUAAACCAAAUUCAUUGGAUGAAUUCGUUAUGGAAGUUGUUAAUGAAAUAAAAGAAAAUUUCAAAGGUCAAUCUGGUAUUAUUUAUUGUUAUUCAAGAAAAGAUUGUGAAGAUUUGAAUAAAAAAUUAAAAUUAAAUGGUAUUAAAUCUGCCUUCUAUCAUGCCUAUAUGGAAGAUAACUAUCGUACAAAAGUUCAUGAUGAUUGGAGUUCUGGUAAAAUUGAUAUUAUAGUUGCUACUAUUGCUUUUGGAAUGGGUAUUGAUAAACCAGAUGUCCGUUUUGUCAUUCAUCAUUCCAUUUCUAAAAGUAUGGAAAAUUAUUAUCAAGAAUCUGGAAGAGCAGGUCGUGAUGGUAAAAAGUCAAAAUGUAUAUUAUAUUAUUGUAUUUCUGAUGUCUUUCGCCUUAGUUCUAUGGCAAAUGAAGAGAAAUGUGGAUUAGAUAAUCUUAAUGAAAUUGUAAAAUAUUCUAUAGAAAUUGACAGUUGUCGUCGUAUAUUAAUAGCGUCUCAUUUUAAUGAAGUUUGGGAACCAUCUUGGUGUAAUAAUCAUUGUGAUAAUUGCUCCAAUUCAAAAAGAUAUGAUGUUUCAUCAAUUAAUAUUUAUGAAUAUUUUGAAAAAUGUAUUGAAAUUAUAGGUGAUUACAUGAAAAAGAAAGAAGAAAGAAUAACUGGUAAUAAGUUAGUUGAAGUUGUGGCGAAAUAUUUUAAAGAACAAACAAAAAGUUUUAUAAAAAAAGUGAUAAGCAAAUUAAUAUUAGAUGGGUUUUUAAAUUUUGAUUUUAAAUAUACUCCAUAUUCAAUUAUUACAUAUAUUCAACCUGGAAUGGCUUUAGAAUAUAAAAGUAAAGAAAUGUGUACAAUGAAAAUUUUAGAUACAGAAAUUACCUUAUCUCAUAGUAAAAAAAAAAGAAAAAUUGAGUGA